UUUUUUCUUCACGACCAACCACCAACCUUCCACACACACCCACACACUCGUAAAAAUGGCCAACGUUUUCUUCGAUAUCACCAUCAACGACCAGCCCGCUGGCCGCAUCGUCUUCAAGCUCUUUGACGACGUUGUCCCCAAGACUGCGCGCAACUUCCGUGAGCUUGCGACUGGCCAGCACGGAUUUGGCUAUGAGGGCUCCUCGUUCCACCGUAUUAUCCCCAACUUUAUGUUGCAGGGUGGUGAUUUCACCAGGGGCAACGGCACGGGUGGCAAGUCCAUCUACGGCGAGAAGUUUGCUGAUGAGAACUUCCAGCUCAAGCACAGCAAGCCUGGUCUCCUCUCGAUGGCCAACGCCGGCAAGAACACCAACGGCUCGCAGUUCUUCAUCACCACCGUUGUGACCUCGUGGCUCGACGGCGCCCACGUCGUUUUCGGCGAGGUCGUUGAGGGUAUGGACCUCGUGAAGAAGAUUGAGGCUCUCGGCACUGCCUCUGGCAACCCCAAGGCCAAGAUCACCAUCAAGAAGAGCGGUACCGUCUAAAUGGUUUUCGUCUGAAUUCGAUGACGAUAUCUAGGCGAGAGGAAAUGGCAGAAGUUAUAUUUGACACUUUUGAACUGUUAUCUACGUUGUUUAUUUUAUGUAGUCCAGGAGAAAGUGGCAAUUGUAUCAAUACCAAUGAUUGAGGAUGGAGCG